AAAACCCUAGAAAUUGAGUGUGUGAGUUCGAAUCCGAUCGAAGAACCAGAAUGGCGCGAGGCUCGUCGAAGAAGCGAAAGAACGAAGAAGAAGAAGAUCCAAACUCGGAGGCGACAGAGCGGAAGAGGCUGAAAACGCUGGCCUAUACGAACAAGCUAGUAUCGGAGAUCCCAGCUAGGCCUCAGGCGUCUCUCCGGCCUUCGAACGCCGUCGUCAAGAACCACGGCAAAGACAUUAUCAAGAAAUCUCAGCGCAAGAACAGGUUCCUCUUCUCCUUCCCCGGCCUCUUCGCCCCCAUCGCCGGCGGUAAGAUCGGCGACCUCAAGGGUUUGGGCUCCAAGAGCCCCAUUCUCUACCUUCAUUUCCCUCAGGGUCGGAUGAAGCUGUUUGGGAGCAUUGUGUUUCCGAAGAACAAGUAUUUGACUCUGCAAUUUCCUAGAGGCGGAAAGAGUGUCAUGUGUGAGGACUACUUUGAUAAUAUGAUUGUAUUUUCUGAUGCUUGGUGGAUUGGGACAGAGGACGAGAACCCAGAAGAAACCCAACUCGAUUUCCCUAAAGAACUGAGUGAGGGACAUAACACGGAUUAUGACUUUAAAGGUGGUGCAGGUUCAAUAUCUGUUGCUAACAACCAAAAUGAUCAUAAAAAAGAAAUUUCAUAUGCAGAGGAACAUUCUCCAGAUGCUCAGCUUGAACAUACUGUAUCUGAUGAUGGAAACAAAGAUUUGAUUGAAGUAACACCGGUUCGUCAAUCAGCAAGAACUGCUGGAAAACGAUUCAACUUUGGAGAAGCUUCUUCCGGAGAUGAUUCUGUUGAAAGCAAUGCUGACUUAUGUGAAGGAGAAGAUAACAAAUUAGGGGGACUUGAUUCAUCAUCCAGGAAACAUGCUAAUGGAAAGACUGAAAAUCUCAGCGUUGGAGAUUUGAACUUUGUUAAUGUGGAUGCUGAUGCUGUGAAAGGAGCUCAAAUUUCUGAACAAAAUCAGGAGUCCACUGUGUCAGAGGCUAAAUCAAAGAAACAAUCUCAUUCUGCCUUUAAGGAGGACUCUCAUAGUAAUCCCGGUCCUCUGGUUCAGGCUACAAUAUCUACGUUGUUCAAGAAAGCAGAGAAGAAGAAAGUGGGAUCCAGUUUGCCAAGUCAAGUACAAACUCCCCAGGCUCAUAAAACACCAAGAAAUCCAAGGAAACCAGCAUCUCAAGUCUCUGGAGAGAAGUCGCUACAAGCUCCUUCAAAGAGGAAGCUUAAUCAGGAUGGAGGACCUAGUAAAAAGGGAAAACUUGUCAAGGAAAAAGAUGCUGUGGGCAAAAGGUUGGCAAAGAAGAAAGAAAAUGAGGUUGAAGAUGAUAUUGAAGAACUCUCAAGCAGCUCACAGGAUACUGAUGAAGAUUGGGCUGCUUGAGAUCAUAGCAACACUGCACAUGCAAGAUGGAGAUCGUUGAUACAAUAUGGAGGAUGUAGAAAGAGUCUAAUCUUAAUCUUUGUUGGGGGCACUUGUAGGUAGCUACCAUGCUGUAUUGUUUAAGAUUUUUGAAUUUCAAUGUAAAAAUAUUUGAAUUCUUUGACAGAAAAACAGGAACAGAAAAUGGGUUGCAGAUUUUUCAACUUUGCUUUUCUUUUUUUCCUUUCACUUUGAUCAACAAGCUCUGAUUCCAUGACAUAUUUCGCAAGCACC